UGGGAAGAAGCGGCAGCGGGUGAGUAAGAGCCUCUCGCGCUCGGCGUGCUGGAGGGAAAUAGUAUCCCCUCUCCAGUCCACAGGAGCUUUGAAAUUAGACAAGGAACCUGAUUGCUGACCUUCAGCGUGUUCAUUAUGAAGUUAUUAGUAAUACUUUUGCUUUCUGGACUUACAACUGGUUGCAGAGGCAACUCUUCCUCUAGUUUGCCACCCAAGUUACUACUGGUGUCCUUUGAUGGCUUCAGAGCUGACUAUCUGAAGAAUUAUGAAUUUCCUCAUCUUCAGAAUUUUAUCAAAGAAGGUGUAUUGGUAGAGCAUGUUCAAAAUGUUUUCAUCACAAAAACAUUUCCAAACCAUUACAGUAUUGUGACAGGCUUGUAUGAAGAAAGUCAUGGCAUUGUGGCUAACUCCAUGUAUGACACAGUCACAAAGAAGCAUUUUUCUGAUGCUGAUGACAAAGAUCCUUUUUGGUGGAAUGAGGCAAUACCUAUUUGGGUAACCAAUCAGCUUCAGGGAAACAGAUCAAGUGCUGCUGCCAUGUGGCCUGGUACUGACGUACCCAUUCACAAUACCAUAUCUUCUUAUUUUAUGAAUUAUAACUCCUCAGUGUCAUUUGCGGAGAGACUGAAUAAUAUUACCAUGUGGCUAAACAAUUCAAACCCACCAGUCACCUUUGCAACACUCUAUUGGGAAGAACCAGAUGCAAGUGGCCACAAAUAUGGACCCGAAGAUAAAGAAAACAUGGGGAGAGUGUUGAAAGAAAUAGAUGAUCUUAUUGGUGACUUAGUUCAAAAACUCAAAAUGUUAGGAUUGUGGGAAAAUCUUAAUGUGAUCAUUACAAGUGAUCAUGGGAUGACCCAGUGUUCUCAGGAAAGACUGAUUAACUUGGAUCUCUGCAUCAAUCAUUCAGACUACACACUUAUAGAUCUGAGUCCAGUUGCUGCAAUACUUCCUAAAAUAAAUAGAACAGAGGUUUAUGACAAACUGAAAAACUGUAGCCUUCACAUGAAUGUUUACCUCAAAGAAAACAUUCCUAACAGAUUUUAUUACCAACAUAAUGGUCGAAUUCAGCCUAUUAUUUUGAUUGCUGAUGAAGGCUGGACAAUUGUGCUGAAUAAAUCAUCACAAAAAUUAGGAGACCAUGGUUAUGAUAAUUCUUUGCCUAGCAUGCAUCCGUUUCUAGCUGCCCAUGGACCUGCAUUUCACAAAGGCUACAAGUACAACACAAUUAACAUUGUAGAUAUUUAUCCAAUGAUGUGCCACAUCCUGGGCUUGAAACCACAACCCAACAAUGGAACCUUUAGUCAUACUAAGUGCUUGUUAGUUGACCAGUGGUGUAUUAAUCUCCCAGAAGCCAUUGGGAUUGUCAUUGGUGCACUCUUGGUGUUAACCUCGCUGACGUGCCUCAUCAUAUUCAUGCAGAAUAGACUAUCUGGACCUCGUCCAUUUUCCAGACUUCAGCUACAAGAAGAUGAUGAUGAUCCUUUAAUUGGGUGACAUGCCGGAGUUUACACAAAGUGUCUUUGAUCCAUCACAAAACUAAGAAUAGUUUUGUUAACUAUGAAAAAAAAAUACUUUGAGAGACAAAGAACUUGACUAAGCAUGCUAUAGUAAUAAUAAUUAUUUUUCCCCUUGUGUUUUGUUUUUGGUGCAUUUGCUAAUACAAAUAACCCUGAUGAUAGCAAAAUGACUAGUAAAUCAUUAGUUAACACCAUCUAUUUCUCUAAGUAGAAAUACUAGAAAUAAAUUUCGAGAAAAAUACUCUCUUUGCUUUUUUUUGCAAUUAAGAUGUGAUACAUCUUUAAAUGAACAUAUACCAAAAUUAGUAGGCAUGCUUUUCUGAUAAACUUAUAUAUUUGUAAACAAAGCAACA